AUCGGUGUCAAAUGCCGUUUGCUCAGUUCGUUGUGUGUUCCGCGGCCAAUGCAAACGGAGACGGGCGAUCGAGUGCUUCUGUGCGUUUUGCGGACGAUUUUCUGAUCCCUCCCGCGUACCCAAUUAUCGCGCAAGCAUUUUGAGUUUGAUUCCGCUGUGAAUAGAGCAGAUUCGAUUCAAUAUCCAUCGCACAGGUAACUAUCGUUUGGCCCUCGAAAAAAAAUCCCACUCCCAGUGGUGAAGUGUGCAAAAAAGUCGAAAUAUCAAAUACCCACCACCUCAUCAAACACCCCGUUUUGUUGUGCGCGGCCAAGGAAAAGAGAAGGGUGUAGCUGUGUGUUUCAUCGCCUAUGUGAGCCUGUGUACGUGUGUGAGUGUGUCUGUGUAUUUUUCUAACGAAGCAAAAACAAAUCCAAAUCGCUCAACUCAUCACUGAGCCCAUCAUCUGGUGGCCGUUUGGCCACUUUCCUCGGCGAAAAAGCUUUUCCUUUGCGGCGGCCACCCAUUGCGACAGUUUCGGUGGUUUCUAGCAUUUUCCCGUGUGUGCCUCCUCGGUGCCUGCUGCGAUACGCGUUAAUUCAGCCGUUCUCGAAAAGAAAAAGUGAAAAGUGACGAAAUUGUGAUGUUUUCCGCUCGUUAAUAUAUAUUUUAAAAAACCCCGGGAGCCACUAAUGUGUGAGAAAAGUGAGUGAAAAAUCGUAUGGUGUGUGUCUGCGCAAUGGUUACUUAUGAUCGGUUAUUCGCUAUUGGUUCGUGUUUGUGUCUAAGAAUGCCCAGGAAAGUGUGAAAGUGUGUGUUAUGCUCGAUGUAAUCUGCUCAUGCAAUAGAAGGUGAAGCCUGGCAUUUCCGGUGCACACAACGGUGUUGAAAAACCAGCCGGUGCGGAUCAGUGAAAACUAAGCGAUCAUCAAUCGUUUAUCAAUCAAUUCAGUGCUACGGAUUUACAUUCCGCCCGUGAAAAAAAGAAGUCGCUGCUAGUUUCCAGCCCCCUCCGCCAGUGGUGGGUGGCGGCACCCCCCAGCAAAACAUAUCUCCGCGCGUACCAUACCGCCGUGAAUGACACUAAUAGGGCCGGGCGCCCCAGGAAUGGCAUUUAUGAUGAAGAAGAAAAAGUACAAGUUCUCGGUGGAGCUGCACCUGGAGGAGCUGAUCGAGGUGCCGUUCCUGAACGCGAUGCUGUUUGCGAAGGUUCGCCUGCUGGACGGUGGCUCGUUCCAGGCGCACAGUACUAGAGAGGAGGUGAAAAACCACACGGUGCGGUGGGGUCAAAAGUUCGAGUUUCCCUGCAAAAUGACGUCGAACGCGUCGACCGGCGUGCUUGACCCGUGCACCGUGCGGAUAUCGGUGCGGAAAGAGAUCAAGGGUGGCCGGAGUUACCAGAAACUCGGCUUCACGGAUCUGAACCUGGCCGAGUUUGCCGGCUCGGGCCUGACGCCGCGCAAGUAUCUGCUCGAGGGGUAUGACGCACGGCACCGGCAGGACAACUCCAUGCUGAACGUGUCGAUACGCAUGCACAUGAUUCAGGGUGAUAUUUUGUUCAAAGUUCCUUCCCCGAGCCCGAAGUCGAAGACUGCCCUGCCCCAGGACAACAUGGCGCUCGGGCUACAGCCCACCGAUCCGGCGAUGGCGACGGUCGGUCCCGUCGUUACGCCCGUCGUGACGCGCGUUUCUACCAAAGACGAUCCGUCGGCCGGCUCCGUCGCGCCCGGGUUCGAUUCGCUGCCGAAGAAGAAACCCCCCACACAGGUCCUGCCGACGACGAUAGAGCACCAGCAAUCGUUCGACCUGGACCCGCAGUCGUUCAUCAUUACCGACUCCGGUAUCUCUGAAUCUUCCGAACCGCCAUCGUCCCUGCUGGACUUUCAGUCGAAUCUGUCCCUCGUUGCAUCGCUGCCGGUCAGUGUCGGUGCACCGCAGCAGACGGGCAGUGCCGCCCUGCCCGGCAGCCAGGUGGUACCGACCGUCGGUACCGUGCCCGGUGCGAUCGAAUUAGGUCACUCGCGCAACUCGAGCAAUACUAGUCAAAUGUCCAAAGGUUCCGGCUACAGCAGCUUCUCCCACAGUCAACACUCGAGGCAAAGCUCCGAGGGAGAUUCCGGCCACCAGAGGUACCGUCCGGCGACGGCAACGGUUUACCAGGGCAAACCGGGCACGCUGCUGACGGUCGCCGGCUCCAAAACCAUCACCAACACCACCACCAUCACCACGUCUAGUAGUAGUACCGCACAGUCUUCCUUAGCUAACGGGGGCCGUUUCGUAACGCUCGCUAAUAAGAAACUUCUCGCCAGCGGUCUCAGCAGCAGCACGAGCGCCGGCAGCAACGGCCGGCUCAACCCGACCAAGCAGCAGAUGAUGACGGCGAACCGGCUGCUGAUGAAGCUGCGCAUACCGCAGAGCCCGAACUCGGACUCGGGCGACGAGGUGUUCGUCACGCCGGACGUGACGGUGCUGUCGGAGGACGAGGGUGGUGCGAGCGACGAUCGGACCGAGUCGGGCGUGGAAGAGUUCGGCACACCGACGUCCGAGAUCCCGCUGUCGAAGCUGGUCAAGAUCAAGAGCAUGAACAAUCUGGCCGUACCGAAGGGGGCCAUGUUUUCCGACGAGGAGGAGGUGGGCGACCAAACGCACGGCUACUUCCUGGCCGCUGGAGGGCGGCCGGACGAGGAUCACCACCACCAUCUGACGCCGGGGCUGAACCUGAGCCGCAUGAAGUCGCUCGGCAAUCUGUCGGCGUACGAGCGCGAGUUUGGCCACACGCCGGUCGAUCUGCUGCAGUCGAAGCGGGACUUUGAGACGCGCCGGUUCAGCUUCGCCAAGAUGCGCUCGCUCACCGACCUGACCGGGGGCGACGAGUCGGACGAUGUGUUGGUGCGGCGCCGCCGGCAGCUCAAGGCGGAGGAGAAAAGUUCCUCGGAUGAGUCAAACGCACCGUCCUCGUGCCAGCUAUCGCCGCUCGGUGGUGGUGGCGGUGGCGCCGGUGUCGAGUUGGCCAAUCGGUUUCUGCCCUUCCAGAUGCGCAGCUCCUUCCACAGCGGUGUGUAUCGGAAGCGGUCCGGCAUCGGGUACACACGGUACAUUGGCAUUGAUGAUGAUCCGGCGGCGGCCGGUGGUGGGACCGCUCCAUCAGCAACGCUCGGUCCGAGCAAUUUAACAAAGAUCAACUCGCUCAGCACGAUCCCGACCGUACUGGCAGCGGAGCGCGUGAACCAUGUGCCCUUCCUGACGCCCAACAUUGGCCGGAAGCGGUUCGCGUCCGCCUCGACCUACAACGCAACGCGUGCCAGCGCCACGAGCAGUCCGGACGAGAACGAUCCGGACGCGGCGGUACGACUGCCGGCAGCGAAACCGAAAGCGACCUCACCAACCACCGGCACCGGGGUGGCGAAAGUGAUCGCCCGCAGCUCGAUACGGAGCAACAGCAGCAACAAUCCAUUUGAGCGUAACUUCCGCAAGAGUGCCCCGAUCGGUGGGAUCGUGGUCGGGCAGCCCGACCCAGCGACCGACCGAUGUACCGGGGGGCUGCUGACCACCUCCAGCUCGGUCGGCUCCGUCCAGCAGCUGCAGCAGGUCGGCGGAUUCUUCCGCCAGUCCGACAGCAACUUCUACAACAUCGUGCGCAACUACCCGAUCGGCAAGUCUUCCUCCGCCAAUCUCGAGUCGCUGAAACAUCGCUCUUCCUACAACAACUUCCCGCUGAGCUUGAAACCUCAGCCGCAGCCGCCACAGCAGCAGCCGCUUCAGAAGUCAUCCAAGGGCGGUGUGCUGACCGCUAAGGGGGCCGUCGAGCCGGCGAAGGGCAUUGCCGCCGUGCCGCUGGUCGGUGUGAAAGCGGUGGCGGUGACGAAUCAUCAACCCACAGCUGCGACAAUGACGGCAACGGCGGGCAAUCGUGUCUACAAUAGGAACAUUUGUGGUUUGCACCGGCGCUUGCUGGACGGCAGCACCCGUCAACUAACCUCACUAACGCUAGCGACACCGUCGAGUUCCGGCGUGGGCACCACCUCCUCGUCCGGCUCGAGCGCCAUCAGCCCGUCGUCCACCGGUACGUCGGUCGGGCCCGGGAUGGCGGCGGGGUCGUCCUGCGGUUCCGGGUCCGGCUGCCUCCCGCCCGACUGUACGGACGCGGUUGCCCUUCCGCCCGGUGGCAAUGGAUUGUUGACCGAUCGUAUGGCGGCGGGGGCGGCGGCGGCGGCGAUGGCCUCGGCGACGGGGAUGGGACAGGCGGCGGCGGGUACGACCGGGACGCCACUGUGCGUUGCUUCAUCCUCAUCCUCAUCCGGGUUCGAUACGCCGUCGAUGCUCAACAAUGGCACUAACAACUCAUCAUCCCUCAAUCUACCAUCAUCGCUUGCGCUCCGACGUCCCAGUGCUAACAUAAAUCCCAGCUCCGGCUCGAUCCCGAUGAGCGAAACCGGUUCACUCGAUCGCAUGAAGUCGGCGGCGGAGCGAAGGAAAAAGGGCGCCGGCCACGACGGGGACAGCGGCAUGGCGCCAACGCUGUCCGGGCGCGUGGAGGACACGCGCGUCAACACCGGGCUGAUCAUAGACGAGCUGCUGAAAAACACCAAACUGGACCAUUUAGAAGAUGCCGAAAAUCCCACCGGACUAGCACUGUACAUUAGCAGCGACGGUACGACGAUGGUCGGCAGCCACGAGGUGCAUUCGCGCAUGCCGGCCGGAGCAUUUAAGCAGGUUGUCAUGGAAACGCCCAGAUAGUAGCAACCGUAGCAGCAAAGUUGCUCCGCCAACAGCCGCUGCCGCCCAACAGGGGCCGCCACCACCGGCUGGCGGGUGAAUGUGGCGUCGCGUGUUGUUGCGGCACAAUCGUUCGAGGCACAGCGUGCAGAGUGCAUCAUCGUCGUCGUGCUUCAUCCAAAUUGUGUAUUUGCCAUACCCCCUCCCCUUCGGUUCAGGCGAGUCAGUGUGUAUGCGUGUGUUGCCUGCGGUGCUAAACCGGCAGAGGCAUAUGAUACAAAACAAUGCUACAGUGUGUGAUUAUUGGUUUAGGAAAGCGCGCCCGUGCCGUGUUGUACAGUAGUGUAGUAGUCGUAACUGUAUUUUCUUUUUUUUUUGUUUCGUUUGCCUUUUUGUUGUCCGCCGUACGUAUGUACGAUAUUGUGAAAAACUUUCUCCCUCGUAUGUGUGAUUUUAUGUAUGUGUGUGUUUGUAUGUGCGAUAUCUGCCUGUAUGUGUAUGUAAAGUGUAUGGUCUCGAGGGUUUAGUUUUUCACUUCCGUAUCCUUUCUCCGUGACCACCGUGAAUGUUUACUAACAGCAGCAAAAAGCGAUACAAAAUGCGCUCAUAUUGGCAUUGUCUGCAUCCAAGCAGAGAGCAAUAGUGACGUCAGGUUCAAUGAAGAAGCAGCAAUUUCUUAUCAAAAACACACAAGAAACCCCUCCGCACCGUGCGAUACAUUGCAAAGCAAGCAGUUUGGUUAGGCUAGCACACCUAAGAAAUUGUUCGUGUGCAUAAAAAAAAAACGCAUCGUGAAAAGGGAGGUGUGAUGAAAGGGCGGGAAAGGAUUUCGGUAAUCAACCAUUGUUUUAAAUCAGUUCACUCUCUUCCAAAUGUUCUUUCGCAGUUUGAUUCCGUACGAUACAUCUUGUCUAAACAGGGACACAAGCACAGCAAACACCAUUAGAUCAGAAUAGAGAAAGAAGAAGAAGAAGAAGCAAAUACCAUAAGCCAUUACGUUGUGAUAAACUUUAACGGGUUAAAGAGUUUUUUUUAAUUUGAAUUCUUCUUUAUGCUUAAAAUCCUGUGCUAGCAUGUAACCUGCUGCUGCUGCUGCUGCGGCUGCUGCUACACACAUUUACUGCUACUUGGGUGGUAUUUUUUAACGGAUUUUAUAGUUAGGAUUGUGUGCAGUUUUUUUUCUUUGUGUGUGUGUGCCUCUUUUUUUGUGUUUCUGUACAAACGUUUCCAAUCGGUGCCGCCGUUACGUUGAAAAGUAGCUUAGCGUGUGAUGUAGCGUAAAAACGAGCGCAUAAAGUGGCGAAGAAACAAUUGUGAGUUGCAACUGCUUUGGAAGAAUUGAUUGAAAAGAACAAAGCGUAAAAAUCGGGCAAGUAAUAUGUAGUGAGGAGCGAACAACAGGAACAUAGCCUGCAAGUAAGAAAGAGACGUAAUAAACAAUAACAACACAAACGAAUCCCUCCGCCCUCUUCACGUGCUCCCCGAGGGGAUGGGAGGACACCGCUGGUGAAAAUAAAAACAAACAAGAAAAAGGGACAGCUCCCUUACUCUUGAGAUUGUGGUUGCGCAUCGUUAGGACACAGGAAAAGAAAAAGCAACAACAACAAAAAACACUGUAUAUGUGUGUUGCACUGAUAGCAGAGAGCGAUUAUAUUACUUUAUUACUGUAGUAUCAUUAGUUUUAAUCUUAUUUCUUUUACCUUUUAUAAUUCGUUCCAGUUAACGUAAAAAAAUGUGAAGAAAGCAAAUGAAAUUUGUUUAUGUUUCAAGAAUGUUUUUUUUUUUAAUUAUAAUUAUUACUUUGUAAAAUCAGCUGCGAAAAAUGAAUGCAAUCGCUGUGCUUUAGGGUAGUAGUGGUUGGUUUUGUAUUACUUUUGCACGCACCGUUUAUGUUCCUAGCACUGGAUCCUUUAGGUAAUCAAAGUGUUUGAAUAAUCAGGUCAUCCUAGGGUCAUACAGUAAGACAAAAUUAUAGCCUUUUAUUAUCCAAACUUUAAGCUUUGAUUGCGUGGAAGAACGCGUGCAAGCAUGGUAUUUGUUUUUUUUUCUAAAGAAAGAAUGUUGCUCUGUUGUCCCUUUCUCAAACCAGAUUAAAUGUUUUAUUUAUUUCCUUUGUUCAGUGUAUAUAAUUAACUGGUAUAACAAACACACACACACAACAGCUGCUGUAUGUAAAGAGUAAACGAAGUGCAACACUGCGUCGCGUGUCACUAACUCUAGUUGAUAGGAAAGCGAAAGGAGAUUUGUUGGAACUGUUCUAACACAGAGUGCAGUUACGAAUAGAAUCAAUUGCAAUGUAAAGUUGUAAAGAAGCACCAGCAGGGAAAAAUGAUGAACAGUGGCAACCAACAGCACACAUACAUACAGCGUAAUGUCUCCAUCCAGUUUAUGAGUGUGCAUCCUAGGCAUGUAUCAUAUUUGCAAGUAAACGUUUUCAAAGCUCAAGGCGCGACAGCAAUGCAUAGCAAACACACACACAUAAGCAAGCAGUGAACGUAACUAGAGCGUAAUCAAAUAAUUCAGCCUAAUAGCAGGAAAUCAACCAAGAAGAAAUAAAUUUAAAAAAACGGUUAGGAAAAAUAAUCAUUACAACAUUUCUCAACUUCGAAUACAAAAAUACCAUUCAAAAACUUUGGUAGCAAUUGAUUGUUUUCUCUUAUAUAGCGCUGACUGAUGCGUUGUUUAGGUAGUACAUACACACAAGUAGAGGUAAUAACAUAUUUCAUCGUGUUUAAUGUAGUUGCAGCUAAAAAAAAAAACAAAGAGAAAUGCAUUUCGAACCAUUGUGCUGUUUGUUUGCUGAGUGCGCGAGAGUUUUCGUUUGCUCCUCCUCGCGAGCGUGUUUUCAUGGUAGUUAAAAUUCUAAGCUGUGCGCAAAACAUAAAAUGAACAAGACGACAAGAUAGAGAGAGAGAGAACAGAAACCAAUCAUGCAAAGCCUCGAGAUCAUCUCCGUACGCUGAGAGGUUCGCUAAACACCUGCUAAUAAGAUGUUAGUAAGUAAGCGGAAUGGGGACGUGUGUAAUUCGUACUAGGUAAACUUACACCAUACGGUAAUGUCAAAGGGCGCGUGGAGACAUAUACACGGGAUGCGGAUAAAGUAAAACAAAAUAUACACAAACCAACAAAUCUGAA